AUGCCUACCGUGUCAACGCUUCCCAAAGAGCUGUAUCUUUCCACUUCCCUGUCUGAGCUGAAUAAAAAAGCUGAAGUUAAAGCAGACACAACCAGUACAAAGAGCUAUGUUAACAGUGCUUCUAAGAUAAUCCAGAAAGCAGAAGAGUGCCGGCUAGAUGGAGACGAGGAGAAAGCUUACGUUUUCUACAUGAAAUUUUUAUUUGUAUUUGAACUAAUUAAAAAGAGGUCGGAUUUCAAACAAAACCAGGAUUACUUCAAAGCCCUGAUUGGUCCUAGUACUAUAGUAAAGGCGGUUGAAGAAGCUGAAAAACUUUCAAAAAGCCUUAAAAAUAGGUAUGAGGAAGCUGAAGUGCGAAAAAGACUUGAAGAGCGAGAUAAAGAAGAAGAGCAGAAAAGGAAGGAUGCAAAGCUCUUACCAAAGGAAACUCCUGGAACUAUUGCCCAGCAUAGUGAUAAAAGUUUCUUGGCGAACGGUGAUAAGAAAGAUUUAAUUCCCAAGAAGGAAACCUCUUCAGAUGUGCCUCAAGGAUCUAUUACCCCAGAGAAACUAUUUGCAAUGAUGAAGGACUCCGAAAUUAAUGUUAUCAUAAUGGAUGCUCGAAAAGCAAGUGAUUUUGAGGAAUCUCACAUUCAACUUUCCAUUAGCAUUCCUGAAGAGGCCGUAUCUCCUGGAUUUACAGCAUCCAGAAUUGAAAGUAACCUUCCAGAGGCAUCCAAAGCUGUAUGGGACAGAAGGGGUCAUGCCGAUUACAUUGUUCUUCUUGACUGGUUCAGCUCAGUGACCGAUUUAAAACUUGGGACAACACUUCAAAGCUUAAAAGAUGCACUUUAUAAGUGGGAAACUAAAACCAUUCUCAAAAGUGAACCUUUCAUAUUGGAUGGCGGGUAUGAGAAUUGGCUGCUUUGUUAUCCAAUGUUUACCACAAAUGGAAAGAUAACUGUGCCGAGGCGAAGCCAAGCUGAAAACACGCUGUUGUCAUUGAAUUUCAGCUACCCUUCUCUGGAGGAGCCUCCACCACUGCCAGUUCCUGCGCCGUCCAUACCAGUUAAACCCAGUCCACCACCCUCCAUCCAAGCUGAGCCUGCUCCUGUACAAGAACCUCAAGCUGCCCAGCUACCUGAUGCCAGUAAAGGAGAAAAGAUAAAAACUGUUAAAUUAGAGAAAAUUGAAGAACCUGUUGCUGUAACACAGAAGCUGGAGCCUGCUCCCCAAGUCCAUCCUUCAGAUCCUGCAAAGCCUAUACCACAUAUUGACCGCACAAAGAAACCUUCAGUGGUGGUUAGUGAAAACCCCCCAAAAAUAAAGACUGAAGUCAAAGACAAAACGGCAAUAAAUGGUAAAGUUAUCCCUGAUCGUUCCACAAAGCCAGCAUUGAACAAUAAACCCCCCAAAGUAGACAUGGAUAAAAACACUCCAGAAAAGGAAAAGACAGAGAGGCCUGUGGAUGACAUCAGAGAGGUUGAUGGACCAGAAGAAAAAGAAACAACUAAGAACAGUAUUGGUGAGCCUGACCAGGAAUCCCCUGAAAAGAAACCUGAACAGGAGAAAAAAAAGCAGAUCGUGACUGAGAAAGAAAAGAAGGAUAUAAAAAGCACAGGGGAAGAUCAAAAUGUUUCUGAUGAAAGAAAGAAAGAAGUGACCAUAUCACCCAUUCUAAAGAAGCCCGAAGCAAAGAAAAACACUCCUGAUGAUAAAGCUAAUGUCCUUAAAAAAGAAAUAAAUGAAGAUGAAAAGCCUAAAAGGGAGCCUUUGAUGCGAGCUCGAAGUGAAGAGAUGGGUAGAACUGUACCUGGAAUGCCAGAAGGUUGGGUCAAGUUUCUUGAACCUGUAACUGGUACUUACCGAUAUUAUCAUUCUCCAACUCACACGGUUCACAUGUAUCCACCUGAAAUGGCUCCAACACCUACUUCUACAUCCGCUCCAGUUCAGAAAGUCAAGCCGCAGGUGCAUGCUGACAUAGACAAGGAGCAAACCAAGUUAAAGAGAUCUUACUCUUCACCAGACUUAACCCAGGCUAUAAAGGAUGAGGAAAAGAGGAAGCAAACUCCUAUAAUUAACCGUGAAAAUAAACCAGCAACUCACACUAAAACUGAAAUCACAAAACUGUCAGCAUCUAAGAUCCGCAGCCUGAAUCCAGUGUUUGGAGGCGCUGGUCCAGCUCUCACUGGUCUGCGGAAUCUCGGCAAUACUUGUUAUAUGAAUUCCAUCUUACAAUGUUUGUGCAACACUCCACACUUAGCGGAGUACUUCCACAAGAACUAUUACCAGGCAGACAUAAACAGAUCAAACCUUCUGGGCCAUAAAGGGGAAGUGGCAGAAGAAUUUGGAAUUAUAAUGAAAGCUCUGUGGACUGGUCAAUACAAGUAUAUAAGCCCUAGAGAUUUUAAAGUGACAAUUGGGAAGAUCAAUGAUCAAUUUGCUGGAUACAGCCAGCAAGACUCACAGGAGCUGCUUCUCUUCUUAAUGGAUGGACUCCAUGAGGAUCUCAAUAAGGCAGAUAACCGGAAGAGACACAAAAGAAGAAAACAACGACCAUUUAAGUGAUCCUCAGGCUGCGGAUUCAGCUUGGAUCAAACACAAGCAACUUAACGAAUCCAUCAUUGUAGCACUUUUCCAGGGUCAGUUCAAGUCAACUGUCCAAUGUCUAACCUGCCACAAAAAAUCCAGAACCUUUGAAGCGUUUAUGUACCUGUCACUGCCACUUCCGUCCUCCAGCAAAUGUUCCCUUCAGGACUGCCUUAAGUCAUUUUCUAAGGAAGAGAAGCUCACAGAUAAUAAUAGAUUCUACUGUAGCAAUUGCAAAACUAGAAGAGAUUCCACAAAGAAAAUUGAAAUAUGGAAACUCCCUCCUGUUCUCCUAGUGCACUUAAAGAGAUUUUCUUAUGAGGGUCGGUGGAAGCAGAAACUUCAGACAUGUGUGGAUUUUCCCUUGGAUCACCUUGAUCUUUCACAAUAUGUCAUAGGACCCAAGACAUUUAAGAAGUACAGUUUGUUUGGAGUUUCUAAUCACUAUGGAGGGUUGGAUGGAGGACACUACACAGCGUACUGUAAAAAUGCAUUGAAACAGAAGUGGUAUAAAUUCGAUGACCACGAAGUAUCGGACAUCUCAGUGUCAUCUGUAAAGACCUCUGCUGCAUAUAUUCUAUUCUACACAUCAUUGGAUCUUCGAGUCUCAGAGUUGACUUCUUAG